GGUUCUGCAUAUGUAGCUACUUAUUCAAGAUGGCCGCCUCCUGGUCGGAACUAAUGCUUUCCAAACUUGUCGGACGUUGUAACAACUUUUUCCAACCUGGUUCCUCACGUGCCAUGUGUAAACCCUUUCUGGUGGAUGGUCAGCAGGUGGGCUGGGUGUGGCCAGGUGUUGAGAAACAUAUCCAGAGGUUUCCUGAUGUCUUCAUGGUGGAGGAGAAACAGGUGUCGUUGUGUCCCAGCCUGCAGACUUAUGAAGAGAGAACAGCCAGAGUACAGGAGGUCAUGCUGAGGCUGAGGGAGGAGGGGGACUUCAUCGCUCUGAAGGGUUGGAGAGACGAGAUGUAUGACGUUUUUCACCAGAGAAGCAGUCCCCCAGUGUUCAGGAUGGAGAGAACAGCCACCGCUCUCCUGGGAGUGAAACAGUACGGUGUCCAUGUGAAUGGUUAUGUGGAACAUCCUCAGAAAGGUCCAUUGAUGUGGAUAGGGAGGAGGGCAAAGAACAAGUCGACAUACCCCAACAAACUGGAUCAAGUGACUGCAGGUGGUUUCACCGCGGGGCUGACAGUGCAGGAGGUGUUGGUGAAGGAGUGUGCAGAGGAGGCCAACAUCCCUCAGGACAUCGCUCUGACAGCCCAGCCUGCUGGGGCUAUCAGUUACUUCUAUGAAGAUGAGAGAGGGCUGUUUCCUGAGAUUCAAUUUGUGUUUGACCUCAAGUUACCCCUGGACUUCCAGCCAGUCAACACUGAUGGGGAAGUGAGUGAGUUCUACCUCUGGGACAUGGACAAGGUAAAAGAGCAGAUAGCCCAACCAGACUUCAAACCCAACUGUGCCAUGGUAGUGCUGGACUUCCUUAUACGACAUGGGCAUGUUCAUCCAGACCAAGAGCCUCGAUACCUGCAAUUUCUGGAAAACCUUCACAAGACACUGUUUUAAAGGGAGAAUUUGCAAGUAAAUACAUUAUAAGAAAGAGAAACUGAGCAAAAAUA